CAACCGUAGAGCUUGGACCGUUAAAACUCCACCAUAAUAUUCAUUAUCUGGUUCACUGUUAUUCCGGUCUGGUUCUGGUGGUCGUCGUAGUUGAAAAUCACAUAGAGAAGAGCUAGGGUUCCAAGAAAAUCAAUCGGUGAAUCUCCGUAAUGGAUCGUCAAUGGCGUCCUAGUCCAAGACCAGUGUGCCCUACUUGCUCAAUCUCACACUUGCCCUUUUGUCCUCCUCCUCCACCCACCACCUAUUACCCCCAACCAUUCCAAGGGGAUCACUCCUUUCACACGCGCCCUUUCCCUUUUCCUAAUUGGCAACCCUAUCAGCAACAACCUAACGGCAGUUACCUCGCCGACGGCGACAGAAACUUCAAGAGACCCAGAAUCGACGAUGACCUAAACCCUCCUCCUAUCAAUUUCUCCGACGACGAGCGUAGAUUGAAGUUGAUUCGGGAUCACGGCGUUGCCCUUGCUAACCCACCUCAACCUCAAGACCUUCAUCACAGUUAUGUUGGACCCGUGCGGCCCAAUCAAAACGGGUUUCGUUCAGAUUCAGGACACGAUGCCUUUCAGAAUGGUCAACUCAAAACUUCUUCGUACCCUUACCAUGGUUAUGGAACCAGUAGUUUAGACCCAUUGCAGCGUGUUCCUGACGUUUAUCAUGCUCACACUCCUCAUAGGGAGAUGAAUGUACCUUACGAGCAGAUACAACAACCCCAUGAUUUUGGUCCCUUUGCAAAUGCGCAUGAGGAAGGAAAUCAGACCCAACAUAAGUUGAAUGGAAGAGUGGUUCAUUAUCCCUACCCUUACCCUACCAGUGGCAGCAACAGUUUUUCUGAGAGUAUGGGUCAAAUGGAGGCUUCAAUGUUCUUCAGGGGCCAGCCUCCUCUUCCUUCUUCGCCGCCACCCCCUCUUCCCAUGGAUCCACCCAUCAAUCAAUCUUCUUCACAGUUAAAUACUUACUUUUCUCCACCCAAGAAAUCACAUUCUCUUUUUCCUGUUCCCAUGAGUUCCUCUGCCGUGACUCCUGAAGCUCACCCUGUACCCCAGCAAUAUUUUCACAGUAAACCCCUUCCAGAAUUUUCCGCUGGCUUUCCUCCAGAGGAACAUUUGAAGCAGUACUUGGGAGAUGGCCAACCUUUUUCACUAAACCAAUUUUCUGCUGAGAAACCUAAAUUUAUUGAUGCUUCCCACUUAUUUCGGCACCCACAUCGAGCUUCCCGUCCUGAUCAUUUUGUGGUCAUCUUUCGAGGUCUUCCAGGUAGUGGUAAGAGUUACUUAGCAAAGAUGUUGCGUAAUCUUGAGGUUGAAAAUGGUGGCGAUGCUCCACGAAUUCAUUCUAUGGAUGAUUAUUUUAUGACUGAGGUUGAAAAGGUUGAGGAUAACGAUGCAUCAAAAUCUUCAAGUUCAGGCCGAAACAAGAAGCCUGUAAUGAAAAAGGUCAUGGAGUAUUGUUAUGAACCUGAAAUGGAGGAGGCUUAUCGGUCAAGCAUGUUGAAAGCAUUCAAAAAAACGGUUGAGGAGGGAGUUUUCACAUUCAUUAUCGUGGAUGACCGCAAUCUGCGGGUAGCUGAUUUUGCUCAAUUUUGGGCAACUGCAAAGAGAUCGGGGUACGAAGUUUACAUUUUAGAAGCUACUUACAAGGACCCUGUGGGUUGUGCGGCAAGGAAUGUCCAUGGAUUUACACAAGAAGACAUAGAAAAGAUGGCUGGGCAAUGGGAAGAAGCUCCAUCAUUGUAUCUGAAGCUUGAUGUGAAGUCAUUAUUUCAUGGAGAUGAUCUGAAGGAAAGCAGAAUUAAGGAGGUAGACAUGGAUAUGGAAGAUGAUGUUAGCGAUGCUUUACCUGCAGUGCAAGGAAGCGAAGAUGAGAAAGUUGUUGACCCUCCUGUCAGGGAUGAUGCAAGUUCCUUAAAGGAUGGGAAGAGAUGGGAUGCUGAAGGGGAACAUCCAACGGAAGUCAGAGAAUUGGGUAAAAGCAAAUGGUCAGAAGAUUUUGGUGAAGAUGACAUUGAAAAAACUGAAGGUAUGAAGGGCAAUAUUAAUGCUCUGUCUGGGUUAAUUCAUCAAUAUGGCAAGGAACGAAAAACUGUACAUUGGGGUGAUCAGGUUGGCAAGACAGGGUUUUCAAUAGGCGCUGCAAGGAAGGUAAAUGCUUUGUCUUUAGUGAUUGGACCUGGUGCUGGAUACAACCUGAAGUCAAAUCCAUUACCUGAAGAGGAGAGUCCAACCCGUAAUAAUGUGGAGCCAAAGAAGCACAGCAUAUUUGAAGAACGAAUCCGGGCCGAACGUGAAUCUUUCAAAGCUGUUUUUGACAGGAGACGACAACGGAUUGGUGGGCUUGAUGUGGAGGAGGAGUGAUUCAGAAUUUUGGUUUACUUAAUGUGAUUCAUACGGAUAGAUUGAAUUCAUUCCUUCAUGUAUUGGACUAGUUUAUGUAAAAGAAGAAAGUUGAAUUGUUUGGUUCGCUGUAAAAUGAACAUGAUGUUCCCAGCCUCAGUUUUUUGUGAAUGAUGUAAAAUUUUAUUCGAAGAUUGAUAUGAAAUGUAUAUACCUGAUAUGAUAAGGUGAAGUC